AUGCCUCGCAUGUCGCAUUCUCUUCCUUUCCCUUACCCUCACUUCCGUUCCCCCAUGUCACCUGUGUGUGCUCGUGCCGUGCAGGAUUUAAAGGGAGUCAAAACCGUGGAGGUAUACUAUCGCAACAGCAGAGGCGUUGAGAUCUUCACGAAGCGAUGGCAGCCGUUGGAUGGGGUGGUGAAAGGAAUCGUGGUCUACUGCCAUGGCUAUGGCGACACCUGCACAUACCACUUUGAUGCCGUGGCAGUGAGCCUAGCACGGCAGCAGUACCUGGUGUAUGGCAUGGACUAUGAGGGCCAUGGGUGCUCCCAAGGGCUGCAUGCAUACAUCCCCCGCUUCGACACCAUCAUCGAUGAUGUGGUUGAAUUCACUGAUGCGCUAAGAGCCUCGCCAGCCCUCUCGUCCCUCCCUGUCUUCCUGUACGGCGAGUCAAUGGGCGGCGCAGUGGCCAUCAAGACGCACUGGCGCCGCCCAGAUGCCUUCCGAGGAGCCGUCUUGCUGUCGCCCAUGUGCAAGAUUGCAGAGGAGCUGAUGCCGCCCCCCGUGGUGGUAUCAGCGUUCUUGGCUCUCAACAGCGCCAUUCCCAAGGUCAAGAUGGUUCCGGGGAAGGAUAUCAGCGAUAUUGGCAUGAGAGACCUGGCCAACCGAAAGAGGGCGAAGGACAACCCAAUGUCCAUCAGGGGACCUGCUCGAAUCGGCACAGCUGUUUCGCUGCUGCGGACGACACAGGAGAUUGGUGCACGGAUGAAUGAGCUCUCCCUGCCAUGCUUCAUACUGCACGGCAGUGCUGACGUGGUAACCGACCCGGCACUUUCCAAGGAGCUGCACGCAGCGGCCAGCAGCACCGACAAGACACUCAAGAUCUACGAGGGCUCCUGGCACGGGCUCACUUCUGGGGAGCCAGAUGAUGUGAUUGAGAAGGUGAUUGCAGAUAUUGUUGCGUGGGUUGCAGCGCGCAGCAGCGCUGCUACAGUGGAUUUGAAUGCGGUGGAUGAGAAGCUAUUGGAGCCGCCUUUUAAGGGGGAUAAGGAGAAGGAGGUGGUGUAG